UUAUUUCUUCCAGAGAUUCAGAAUGACGAGGACUUAUCGAUAUGCAUUGGCGACAGCUGGGAUACUUAUAAUGGUGGCCUUUUUUUGUGUGAGGAUGUUUUCAAGAGAGUCCAAGAUUCUGACAGCCACCGACUUGAAAUUGUCACUAAACCAGUUUCGGCAGAGCCUUCAGGAAAACCUCUUUGAAGGAGUGGGGGACCAGUUACCUACGACGUUCGAGGAGCCUUCUGAAGAGAAACAGAUUGAAAAUACACAGGAAGUAGUCAUUCAUGACAAAACUUGCAGCCUCAGAACGUCAGUAGAUCCGGAGGAGAUUUACAAGUAUAUGGAAACUACCACAGUAAAAUGUGAAAUGCCUGUAAUGGUCGGAGGGACAGCAAAGACCAAGAAGCCACAUAUAAUGAACGAGAAGUGGAUGUGCCUGGACGCGAGGUACAAUAUCGUGCCUGGGAAGUGUACCGUCUACUCCUUUGGGAUCGAUUCAGACUGGUCGUUCGAUGAUGACAUGGAUAAACGCUUUAAUUGCAAGGUUUAUUCCUUCGAUCAUACUAUAAAAAGGAAGGACCACCAACGAUCCAGCAACAUCAAGUUCUAUGCAACUGGAAUUUCAUCAGAAAAAACAGAUAAUGUUGACCGCUACAUCAACAUCCUAAAGAGAUUAGGUCACGAGAACACCACCAUUGACUAUCUAAAGAUGGACGUGGAAGGAGCAGAGUUACAGUUCUUUGAAGAUAUUUUCACCAAAACCCCACAAGUACUGAAGAACAUAAAGCAGAUCGGAAUGGAAUUUCACCCUGGUAGAUAUGAGGAUAGGAAGAAACUCUACUUAAAAUAUGUCCAACUUCUAGAAUGCUUCGGCUUCAAACUGAUUUUUGGACACAUAUUAGAUGUCCCACACCUUCUGUUCAAAAGCAAUGGCAAGACACGGUCAUGCUGCUAUGAACUGGUCUGGGUUCAGGACAGGCAGUGGUAGAAAAAAGGGUGGUGCUAGUCUGUGGCACAAGUUUCCAGGGUUCAUGAUAAGCAGUGAUUACAAUAAAUUCCAUCCAAAGUCUCUC